AUGUCCCUUUCUGCCGCUCAUGAUCUCUACAAGGAGUGCUGCGAAUCGUACGGGGUGAAACCGAAUAAAGAUGUGAUGGAGCAGAUGGCUAAACCGGACUUUCUUAUGAUUAGCGAAGUGGAUGUUUCCCGAACCUUCUUGGGUGAUCUGGGAGUGAGGGCACUUCUUCUUCUUCUUAGUAGCCUUACUGGUGUUCGUAGACUGAUUCUGCGAAAGAAUAGUCUUGAUGCUGCGUGUAUAGAAGAUUUAUGUUCGCUUGUACGCAGAAAUUCAUCUCUUUCUUAUCUUGAUCUUUCGGAGAAUCCCUUGUCAACUCCAUCUGUUCGUCUUCUUUGGGAUGUGGCGAGGACUGUGCCAACCCUGCGUGAAGUGAAGAUGGAGAAGUGCGGUGUUUCGGAGGAGUGGCUGCAACGAGUGGAUCGUUGUUGUAAAGCCAAUGAUGAACUGCAACGACUUGGUUUUUACCCGUACGGACCAGAGCGGAGUUUGCGAGAAUGGAGAACGGUAUUUGUUCUCGUACUGGGACCCUCACAUCUCGUGCGGAAGUACUGCGCUGAUAUAUUACCACUAGUUAGUAGUUUUGUCUCAAAACUUCGACUUCGUAUUGCUCCAUUAACUAUUGACGAAGAGGAUAUCGAUGAUGUUAUUAAUAACAAGGUUCGUCGAUGUAAGGAGAUGCAGAACUAUUUACUAAGUUGGUGUAUCGCUCUUGUUUCUCAGACUGAGAAAUGGCAUGAUGUUGACCGCAGUGCUUUAUUGGAUGUGUUACGUCAGGAAGAACCUAUUAUGCCACCAUUGCGUAGUAAACUUGGUGGACUUCGCGAUCCAUUGUACAGGUGUGUGAAACAUCUUUAUGUAUACGAUGUGACAAGUUUAUCUGCUAUUGGGGGAUAUGAUAAACUAGAUGUUAAACCAACAAUUCCACCGAAUGAAUGGCUAAUGACGACCGGUAUUGUUACAGUGAAUGGAGUUACGACUGCCCCUUCUGCUGCUGUAAUCACCAGCGAGAGCAGCUGGAAUGUACGUUGUCAGAGCGAUCUCUAUACUGCACUUUAUACUGUCUUCUCAGAACGUCCGCGGUCAAUGGACACCCAUUUAAUGGAGGAAGAAGUGGAUGAGGAGUUGUGGGAGAAAAUAGAGAAGGAUAAACACAUUGGUGCACUACAUCCCAAAUGCAAUGAUCUUAUUUAUUACUUGGAGUCAUCAUCUGGUUCCACCUCUGUUCCAAUGAUUCUCUACGGUGCUGGUACACUCGGUAAAUCUCGUGUUCUUUACUGGGUGGCAUCCAAAUACGCUGGAGUAGACUCUGUCAGAGUAUUUCCUUAUUGUAUUAGUCCUGAAAAAUCAAAUCUUGUCGUAUUUUUAUAUUAUCUGCUCCGUAUAUUUUCAAAGGAAUCAAAGCGUUUAUACUACACUGUUGGAGAGUUGGCUAGAGCUGUACGUGAGGCGAUAUGUAAUUACGAUGGUGUAAUGGUGUUAUUGCUUGUAUCCCGCGUUGAUAUUCUGGAUGGCGCUGAUGGACAAGAGUCGAUGGUGCUGGAAUGGCUUCCCGCAAGUUUGCCGCCAACAGUUAGAAUUAUUGUGACACUGAACACAGAGAGUCCUCUCCUUCCUGUUCUUCGAAAACGUCUUCCUCAACCUUACGAGGUGCUUAUUACAGCAUUACCGAGAAAUGCUCGAGCAGAGCGUUUUUUAGAAGAACUUGCGAGAAGGGGUGUAGCUGGUCUAAACAUGGAUACGGCUAGUGGAAGCAAUAAUGACAAGAGUAGUCGUUCCCGUACUAUUAAUACGACUGCUGCUACGGCUACUACUACUACUGCGGCUAGUGCUACGGGUAAUAUUAGUCGUAGUGGUAGUAUUAACGGUAGUAAUAAUGCUCGUCCAGUAGAAAUUGCCAAAACACUAGAAACGGCAUUUCUACAAAAAGAAGGUUCUGAAGGUAUUUCUUUUGCGAAAUUCACAGCAUCCUAUUUACAGCGGUUACCAAAAGAAUUACUUGAACACGACGUUGCAUUUCUUGUUGCAGAAGAGAUACCUGAUACGCUUGAAGAAUUACUGGUCAAACUACUAAAACGAUAUGAGGUAUUAGGUAAUUCUCUCACAGUGCGUUAUAUAAUGUUAAGCCUUACGGCAGCCCCGUUGCCCAUAUCUGAACUUCUUUACAUAUGUGAGGAACUUGGUCCAUGUACACGACAUAAAACAUUGCCUCUCCUUCUUAUGAUGUCAGAUGAUGGUCUUGUAACAGUUACAAAAGAUUCUAUUGUUUAUUUAUCAAGUCCAUAUGUACGUCAAGCUGUUGUAUCACUUUACACUGAAAUGCAAGAAAGUAUUAGUGUACUAGUAGAAACACAUCUAUAUAGACUUAUAAAGACUGAAAGUUCAGAGAUGUCUUUCAGUUUUAGACAUUUAGGACCUCUUAUAAUGACAAAUGGAAAUUUUGAUGCUGCUAAUGAUCUACUCUUGGAUACCGUUAUUAUGGAUACACUUUUACAACGAGAUGAAAAAAAUUGUAUCUAUGCUAUUGAUUAUAUUUUUCGUCUUUUAAAUGCACGUGAUCUUUUUCUGGAACUGAGUCAAGAUUGUGCUUGCUCACCAAUGGCAGAAAGUAUUCGUCGUCUGAGUCGUAGAGAUCUUCAUAGGGCACUUGAAAGUUUAGAAUUGUAUAAUGGAUUUUUAUUUCAGUCAUCACUAUUGGGAUCGGAUGCAUCACCGUAUUACCGAGCGGCUGUUGAAGUUACAGAGGUGCCCUAUACAGUACUGGUUCCAUUAAACCGCGGGGAUGUAGAUACAUCUCUGAAUUCUCUGGAAUGUAAACAUCCACCUAUACACUGUCAUCUUCGGAAGGAAUACCUUGCAGUAACAACUGCACAAGAAGUUGAAAUUUAUUCAACAUUGGAUUUUCAAAAAGCAAUCGCACGAUUAUCUAUGCCUUUUGAAUUAAAUCAGAAUCUUCGUGGAGCACUUAUUGCAGCAGGGACUCGUGUUGUUGUUAUUGGUGAUGAACAGCUUCUCUUGUGGGACUUCGCCAUACAUUCUUUUACAUUACUGGAGGACACAAGUGCAUCUAUAUUUGAAAAAGCAUUGGAUGUAUUUGGUGUUAAUCUUGUAGUUCAUCACCCUUCUCGUAACCUUAUUUCUAUCAUCAAUGUUUCCAACAAAAAAAUCGUUUCAGAACUCCCUAAUAUUGAAGCCCCUCUGCGGGAUGUAUUCUUCUUUGGAAAUAAUAUUCUUGUAUUGUCCCUGUAUGAACUAUAUAUAAUAAUAAAGUCUGAAGUAAUAAAACUGGUUCAUAGUGGAGCUAUUCAUUGUGUGAAUUUUUCUUCCGAUGGUAGCCUUAUUGCUUCUUGUGUGAAGAAUGACAUUUGGGUAUGGUCUGGUACCGGUGAACUGCUUCACCUGAUUGAUGCCGGCCUAACACCAGUUGAUAGUGUUCGUUUUAAUGGAAAUGGAAACUUAUUCUUGUCCUUACAGACUGAAGGAUUGAAAUUGUGGCACUCAUUAAGUGGGAAUCGCAUUAAAGAACUUAAACCAUGUAUGGAUGAAAGAAUUUCAUAUGCUUACUUUUCAGAGGAUGAUGCAUUUAUUAUUGGAGUUUGUGACUCACAUAUAUCUAUAUGGGAUUCGUAUACCCGAGACCUUGUAGGAGCUCUCUCCUGCCCUGCAGGACAUUUUACCUUUAUGCAGGAAAGAGAUCGUAUCAUCAUUGCUGCAACCUCCAAGAAUGAAGUUAAGGUAUGGCGACUCGCUGAUAUACCUCUUUCUUCGGUUCAGGCCACAAGAGAAAAAAGCAUUACAAAUAUGUGGAGUAAGAGUGCUAAACUUUCAUCUGCUCCAAUUACUCAGUUGAAAGUUAAUUCUUCUCAAACGCUUCUGGGUGCAGUUGAUGACAGGGGAACACUUAUACUUCAACCUCUUGAUGGUAGUGAAAUGUUAGAAUGUAAUGUUAUCCACGUUCAGAGUGUUGCAUUUCUUGGUGAUAUGAUUCUUUUCAGCAGAAAGGGAGAUGGUAAACGAAUUAUAUGUAAAGAUUUUAAUAAGGGUCUCAAUGUUGCGGAGAUUUCGCUUCCUCGUGGUACUUUACUGGAUGGGAAAUUAGAAAUUAUAGUAUCAAGUGAUGAGAAGUCUGUUGCAGUGAUUGUAAAUACUGAAAUACAUUCUUCCAUUUGUGUCUAUGAUGUGAGUGAUUGGACUCUGACAAAUCAAUUUAUUGGUCACUCUGGUGUUAUAAUGUGUGCUUUUUUCGCUGAUGAGUUUCUCUUCAGCGCAGGAGAAGAUCACACAAUUCGGCUUUGGAGCCUCAUGCGACAUGCUGAAAGAACUUCCUAUUUACACAAAUGUCGCAUCGCUGCAGUGGCAGCUGGAUCCUCAAGAACGUUGUUUUUUAUGGAUGAUCAUUUACACUUAUUUCAUGUACGUGUGGAGGAUAUUUUUUCUUCCACAAAUGCACGUUUUGUUGUGAAUCAAAUUGAACUGAUGGUGACAAUUCCACUUGCGGUAAAGGUAAAACAAGCGAUAUUUAUUUCGGGUUUAUUCAUUCUCUCAGCUGAGAAUGGCUCCGUGUAUGUGGUGGAUCUUACGCAAGGCGGUGUGGUCAGUCGACUAGCUGAUUACAAGUGUCUUUGUCUUUCUUCCGCUAUAAAAGGAUCCGAUUCAUUUGUGAUGACUGGUCAUUCUACAGGGGAGGUGGUAUUACACCGUAUUCGUUUCGCCAAAUAA